CUCUCUCCUCACGGUGCCAAAUCCCCUUGAAAGCCUGCUGUACCAGUUUUUUUUUCCUGGGAAGAGAACUUUUUUUUGUGUAUGUCGGCGGAAAACAACAUGGCAGACGAUGGGCGAAGCGGCGGCAUUGUGAUUAACGAUGACUGGCCAGGCUACAGUUUAGACCUCUUCAGCUUCCCAGCUCACUACUCCGGAGAUUUAGACUGUGUCGUCAUUCCACAUGGCGUGAUUAUGGAUAGGACAGAACGUCUUGCUCGAAACAUCAUGGAUGACCUGGGGGACCAUGACAUCGUGGUGCUGUGCGUGCUUAAAGGAGGAUACCAGUUCUGUGCCGACCUGGUGGACAGGAUCAAGGCUCUUAGCUGCAACUCCAAUCGCACAAUCCCAAUGAGGGUCCACUUCAUCCGUCUGAAGAGCUACCUGAAUGACCAGUCGACAGAGGAUCUUCACAUAGUUGGAGCAGAGGACUUGUCAUUUUUAGCUGGAAAGAACGUACUGAUUGUGGAGGCCAUUGUAGGCACUGGAAAGACAAUGAAAACUCUCCUGAAGCAUGUUGAAGCCUUCAGGCCCAAAAUGAUCAAAGUAGCAGGAUUGCUUGUGAAGAGAGUGCCACACAACUCAGCAUGUCUUCCUGACUAUGUCGGCUUUGAGAUACCCAAUCGUUUUGUGGUCGGGUAUGCCUUAGACUACAAUGAGUAUUUUAGAGACCUCAAUCAUAUCUGUGUGAUCAGCGAAAGUGGGAAGAUGAAAUACAAGAUUUAAAGAGAGGACUGCAAAAGAGGCGACUGUCACACAGAUGUCAUCACGGAGCAACCCUAAACAUUUUCCUCGAGAUGCCACACACUUACAGCUGCUAUCGGUGACAUUUGAUCUCAAACAUCCCUGUUUUGUUAUAACAUUCCUCCUCUGAAAUGUUUAUCAGUUUUAGACAAUGACAUUUAACUGAUUUUAGCAAAGCAAGUACGUUUUAAAGCUGCAGCCUCAUAUUUUAGGUUUACAACACUGACUCGCAUGUAAUACGUUCAAUGCUAUGGUUAGUGUGCUUGUUUCCAAUGCAAAUGCCAUCACAGUCUCACCUUCUUUUUGUAGUCAAUGCAAAGGACUUGAUAAUCAUGACAUGUACGAAUGCAAUAGAUUUAUUUUAGGCCACUGUGUGAUGAGUUAACAGUGGAAACAAGGUGUUACCUCCUUUUAAAAUCAAAGGAGUUGUCUUUUGUUAGGAAAUUAGUGACAUAAUUUUCUUCACAUUGCCAUUUUGACAUUUCAUUGGGUAGGUCUCCUGCUGUCACUUUAAUGCUCAGGGGCAAACAAAGUAGAGCUCGAAACACUAAGUGCAUUAACUACCUCUGUCUCUGUAGCAUUUGAGGUGUAGAAGGGUGCUCUGGUCAGUUAGUUUUUUUUAUUUAACAUACAAUAAAGUAUUUUUAACAUUG